GCUGCCGCAGUCCAGAGUUCAAACAGCCGCACUUCACUUUCUUUUCAGCGCAGAAAGCAGAUCAGACCUGAAACCCGCCACUUCUUCUUCUUCUUCUUCUUCUUCUGCUACUUUUUCUACUUUUCCUUCUUCUUCUCUCCUCGCUGCGGUUCGGGUUUUGUUCCUCCGCAUUAUUUUGGUUUUAUUUUUGGCGCAGAUCAGCGAGCAUCGGGGGCAGCGGCGCUCAGACAUGUUGCGGUUGUUCCUGCUCCUGCUGGCGGUGCCGGUGCAGACGGUUCGGUCCACCAAGGCCGUGUUCGAGCUGAAGGUCCAGACCUUCAGCAGCUCCCGCAGCAUCUGCGACCAGAACCGGGACUGCCGCAUCUUUUUCCGCAUGUGCCUCAAACAUUCGCAGAGCGUCAUCAGCCCGGAGCCGCCGUGCACGUACGGGAACGCGAGCAGCGCCGCGCUCCCCGCGGACCCCGGCUCCAUCUCCGGGAGCGCGCCCAUGAAGGUGAACGUCUCCUUCAAGUGGCCGGGCUCCUUCUCGCUGAUCCUGGAGGUUUGGACCUCAGACUGCUCAGGUGGAAAGUCCACAGGCGACCGGCCGCGGCUGCUGAGCCGGGCGUCCCGCCUCGGCAGCCAGGCGGUCGGGGAGGAGUGGUCGCAGCAGCUCCACCAGGGCAACCAGAGCGAGCUGAGCUUCUCCUACCGGGUGGUGUGCAUGGAGAAUUACCACGGCGACGACUGCUCCACCCUGUGCCGGCCGCGCAGCGACGACUUCGGCCAUUACCGCUGCGACGCCCAGGGCCGGCGCCGCUGCCUGGAGGGCUGGGAGGGCAACUACUGCACCGAGCCCAUCUGUGCAGGCGGCUGCGGCGGGCACCGCGGCGUGUGCGAGGCGCCCGGACGCUGCCGGUGUAACGUGGGCUGGGAGGGGCAGCGCUGCGACAGCUGCAAGCGGCAUCCCGGCUGCCUGCACGGCACCUGCCAGCUGCCCUGGGAGUGCAGCUGCAAUGAGGGCUGGGGAGGCCUGUACUGCAACCAAGACCUCAACUACUGCACCAACCACCGGCCGUGCCAGAACCAAGCGUCCUGCACCAACACCGGCGAAGGCAGCUACACCUGCAGCUGCCGACCCGGCUUCUCCGGCGUCGACUGCGAGAUCGAGACCAAUGAGUGUGACAGCACCCCCUGCAGGAACGGAGGAAGCUGCACAGAUCUGUUGGACGGGUAUUCCUGCGCGUGUCCUCAGGGUUUUUACGGAAGGGACUGUGAGAUCAGCGCCAUGCGGUGCGCAGACGGGCCGUGCUUCAACGGGGGAACCUGCCUGGAGGCCGUUGGCGGCGGCUACAGCUGCCGCUGCCCGGACGGCUUCACCGGCUCCAACUGCGAGAAGCGGCUGGACCAAUGCAGCAGCGGGCCCUGCGCUAACGGUGCGCGGUGUCUGGACCUCGGUAGCCGGGUCGUGUGCCAGUGUCGCUCGGGCUUCACCGGGACUCUCUGUGAGACCAACAUCGACGACUGUGCUGGCAACCCCUGCCGCAAUGCCGGCACCUGCCUGGAUGGCAUCAAUGACUUCAGCUGCUCUUGCACCCUGGGCUUCUCUGGCAAGGACUGCUCGGCGCGCACCAGUCCCUGCGACUUCUUCCCCUGCAGCAACGGGGGAAGGUGUUACACCCACUUCUCCGGCCCCGUGUGCCAGUGUCCGCCGGGCUUCAUGGGCGCUCGCUGUGAGUACUCCUUCAGCAUUCCCUCCCCAAGACCUCCAGAUGGCGGCGACGCCUCUCCGGCGCUGAUUGCCGCCGUCGCACUCGGCCUGGUGACUCUGUCGCUCCUGGUGUGCGCCGCCAUCCACGUCCUGCGUCAGCUGCGCCGGGGCAGGAAGCUGGCAGUCAUGUCCAGGUCCGUCAAGAACGACCUGGAGACGGUGAACAACCGCAGCGCUGUGGUCGGCGGAGGCGUCCCCAAUAACGGGAGCCUGGCGGGGGCGCCGGUGUGCAGCCUGAAGGAGAAGGAGGCCUUUCUUCUCCCUGGGGGUUCAUAUAAAGUGUCCAACAAAAACGCAGCGCUGGCAGACAAGAGCAGCGACAACGGGUCCAUGAUCAAAAACAAAAUGGCCGACUGUAACCUGGCCAAAGCGGAGCAGCGCCUGGAGAAGAACAAGUUUGACCCUCAGAAACAUGACUCCUCCAUCGCCGUCCCUCCUCUCAGUUUUGUGAAGGACAGUCUGUAUCAGCCGGUGUUCAUCGUCCCUGAGCCCAUGGAGCAGCGAGUGUUUGCCACAGAGGUGAGGCUCUAACCAGGAGUUUAUCGACCAAUCAGCAGCUGGAAGGACGCAGGUUUGAACCCUGAAGCUCAGAAUCAGUUUUAUUGGCCAAAAUUGUGGCACAAGACAGAAUCUGACUUGAGUUUUCAACGACUCACAGACAUAAUGCAUAGAGAUAAAAAACUCCAGAGGAAAUAAAAUACAAAGUUGAAGGGAAAAUGUGUGCAGGUGUGUGCAUUCACCUUUAAUUAGAAAGAAUAAGAAAAAGGAAAGUUGUUUGAUGUCUGAGUCCUCUGGCUGUUCGGUUUUCACCAGAGAGACGGCCAGGACGUCUGGGUCCCUGGGUGGUCUGGGAAGAGGUCCGGACCGGUCUGGGAAGAGGUCCGGACCGGUCUGGGAAGAGGUCUGGACCCAGUGGGACGAUCUGCUGAUGUCCUUCAGAUGCUUCCUCACCGGCUGCCCAGACUUGUUCUUUAAGGCUGUGGGGUUUUGUUGGAGACGAUGGCGGGUCAGUAGAAGCGGGAGCGACCUGGACACAGACCAGACUGAUGAAGAGCGAUGAAGAGUGAUGAAGAGCGAUGAAGAGCGGGCUGAAGCAGGCCGUGUCGGCUCUCUGGCAGACAGGAGGAAACACUGGAGGUUUCCUGGUCUUCUGACGCUGAAACAGGCUGUUAGUGUGAUCCUGAGAUCUUUAGUGCCAGCAGAGGGUCAAAGGGUCAGAGGGGACAGCGCCGGGGGUUCUGGUGGUCCAUUUGUCUGGGAGUGGGUGAAUGUGUUGGAGGUUUCAAACCAGUAGAACGAAGGUAAAAAGGUCAAGUUUCAGGGUCAUCAGCCAGUCUGGUGUUGGGCUCCUGCAGGCUGCUUCAACCCGACACAGCGCCUCACUCAGUUUGUUCCACAGGGCCCGGCUCUGAGGGGCCCAGUUCUGAAGGGCCCGGUUCUGAGGGGCCUGGUUCUGAAGGGCCCGGUUCGGUCCUACAGGGCCGGUUUCAUCCACUGUUUCUAACACAGCGCCUCAAAAUGUGCACAAAAAUCAUCGACGUAAACACGGCGAAUGAUCAGAGACUCUUAGCUGCAUGAAGGACAGAAUCCAUCCAGACGGUGACUCGGUGGGACUCGGUCAGACUUGGUGAGACUCAGUGAGACUCGGUGAGACUCGGUGAGACUCAGAGAGACUCGGUGAGACUCGGUGAGACUCGGUGAGACUCGGUGUCUUGGAGGGAUUCUCCCAGUUAAAUUCCCAGGAAUAAUAAUAAUAGUCUAAAAGCUUUUUGUUGGUGUUUGGUCACAUCUGGACUUUGGACCUGUUGGGACGAGACUUUGUUGUUGUCAGUUUUUGUCGGGUCUUGCAGGAAGAAUCCAAGAUGGCCGCCGAUGUGCUUUGCUGUUGUGUUUUUAUAUAAAAGUGGAUCAGAAGUUUGUGCAAAAUAUACUGAAUAAAGUUGAUUCUGAUUCUGAGUACAGGAACAAAUCUGCCUUCACAAUAAAAGCCCCAGAGAUGGUCGAUCAUUAUUUAUUUUAAAUAUAAUGCGACUCGUAGCAUCGCAGAGAUUAAAGAGGAAACAUCAGGAUGAGUUCAUUUGGUUCCGUUUGGCUCCUUGCUGCAGCAGGAUUCCGUCUCACGUUUUAUUUCUACCGGCAGUAAAAACAAAUAAUCAUCUGAGAUUCUCCACUGACCCUCACUGACCUCUGCAGGGCAGAAAGCAGGCAGGAAAUCUGCUAGUUAGCUUGUGUCUGUGCUCCAGUGAGCGGGUCGGCUCAGUCCGGCUGCAGGUCCGGUCCGGUUAGGGCGGAGCGGCUGGCGUCACAGAACACGGCCCGAUGAUGGGGACGAAGAAACGUCACGGCUUUCAGGUAGCAGGAGAAUCCGACGCCUGGGUGGAGGUUUGGGUUUAACCCCUGGCUGAAUGCGGACCGAACCGAACCACAGCGACCCGCCGCACCGUUCAGUGGAAAAGAGGAUCAGAUGUCUCAAAGUAAAAUCUCUACAGGGGAUCCGUUCCACCUCCAGCCUGCCAGGUUUUGAUCGGGUUUCAACUGAAGUUCAGCAGAAUUCUUCCUGCGUCCCGGCCGGCCCGGUUCAAGGUUCUGAUGUUCCUGGUCCCGGCCGGCCCGGUUCAAGGUUCUGAUGUUCCUGGUCCCGGCCGGCCCGGUUCAGGGUUCUGAUGUUUCUGCUGCAGUUGUUAUAGAAAUGCUGUUUACGGCCGUCGACCGGCUCGGUCCGCUCCUCUUUUGAAGUUCUUGUCUUUCAGCAGAGAACCUCCUCCGUCUUUAAAGGCUUUUAUUUUAUUUUUUCUGCGGUUGUGUUCAGGCUUGCAGCUCUGGAUGUUUCUGUUCGCUUCCAGAGCGCCACACGGCGGAAAGUCUCUGAAAACGGAUCAUGUUUCGUCUUCGGUGCCAAACUCAGGCAGCGAAACGACGGACAGAAAAACGAAAUGAGCCACUUAAAAUUCCUGCUGCAACAUCUGCAGCUUGAACUUGAGUUCAGUGAAAAUUAAACCAUAGAAAUGAAAAUUCAUCCAGUUACUGGCGGAGCAGCAGAAAUCUGUCUUCAUUACUUCACCUGAAAAAGGCUGAAGAGCUCAUCAGAACCCGUCCUUGGUUCUGAUGAGCUGGACCACCGACGGAUCUGAAAGUUGCAGGACGGAGUUGCCUGAUGUUUGGUCGUUGCAGUGAAACUUUGUCUUUUUUACGUUUCCAACAAUCAGCCAGUUGUGUCUAAACUUUCGUGCCGUCGUCCAUAUAUGGACUCACUUCCUGUUUGUCGGACGGGCCAGGCGAUGAAUUACUGAUGCGUCUCAUCUUUAUGUGAUGAGAGGUCAAAGGUCAGCAGGUCAGAUGAACCGUCUGAGUUCAUCUUCUGGUCUCUUCGCUUUGAAAAAUGUUCCCUGAUUUCAAACUUUCCACUGCAGAUAAAAAGUCAAAUGUCUUCAUGUGAUGACAUCAUGCGGUUUCUCAGUUCUGCUUGUUGAAUAUUAAUGAAACUGUUAGCGUUAGCGUUAGCGUCAGGAUGCUCAGCCUGUCGGGAUCAACUCUUACCUGAACGUCCACUGAUCUCCGUCUCUGGGUGCUGAGAGUUUUCAUGAAUAAUUCAGAUAAUAAUAAAGCAAUAAAAUUUCAUGUAUAGUUUAAAUAAAUCACCUUUAAUUUACUCAACAUGUUAUUUUAUGCUCCCAUUUCCAUGAACUAACAAUCCUUAUGAAAUAAAAACAUUUCCUUCCAGGAGAUUUUGGGUAGAAAAUGUUUGAAAUCUGAAAGCAGGUGAAACUUUUGCCUGGUUGGAAGGAAACGAUCCGGUUUCUAUCAGUAGAGUUGAUUUAACAGAUCUAAGACUCAAAUAUCUAUAAAUAUGUGGAUAUUUGGGGUUUUCUCCUGAUGGUUCUGCUGAUCCAUGUCAGACUGAUGCCAGUGACUUUAACAGAACUUUUAUAGGUUGUUAAAAGAACAGCUUGAUUUUGUUACUGAACUGAUUAGACGCAGCAGGUAAGUGUUUAAACGUCUCCUCUUCGGUCCGACCUGCAUGCUGCUCGUCCCUUUCUGUGUCUGACGCUCCGCUGCUGCCUUCAUGAACAAAAUGAAACCAACAUCUGUGACUGGCCACAACAAAACCAGGAACAAGUGAGACCCAUGUAUGGAGGCCUCAGUCCUCGUGGCGGUGGUCGCAGGUUCGAUUCCCGGCCAGCGACAUUUGCCUGUCAAAUUACUUUCAAACAAAAGCCUAAAAAAACAAACUGAAAAGUAUUCCUGCAGGCAUGAAUGAAUGAAAGUUACAGACGUUGUGGUGGUGAAGUGGAUCCACAGCCUCCAUUCAGACAUGCAGCCACUGAACUGAAACCACUAACAAAACACCAGUAAGGCCCAGUUUGUUCAUCAGCUCAAGGUUUCAACAUUUCCUAAAUCUUAAAUGUUGGUUCAGAUUUACUGUCCAGUAAAUUCAGAGUUUUCCGUUGGAAACCUCAGAAGUUUAAUUAAAUCUCAACUUGAAAUCAUAAAUAAACAACAAAGCUCAGGAUUUUCUCAUGAAUCCACGUUUUUCCUGUUUUCUGUGUUUCUGUUCCUGCUUUUGUUCCACAUAAUGUCCAACUGAAUGGAAACUUCAGACUCUUUAUGUUGAAGACGAGACCAUCAUCAGCGUAGAGCCGGAUGUUUUCUAAAAGCUUUGCUCUGGACACAGCAACAAACCCGCAGUGUUAACCUCACUGUGGUUCUGAUCAAUUCUUUAUAAUUAUCUCGUUACCGGAGGAACCGCUCCUGGAUCCGACCCGACCCAUCGGUACCAUCAGCAGCUUUCAGGAAAUGUGCAGAACCUUUUGGGGUCUUUUCUAGUUUCUAUUUUUUCCUUGAUGUAAAUUGACUUUAUAUUUAACUAAACCUUCUAAGGAUGCCACAUUAAUUUAGAUUAGCAUAAAGUAUCCUCAUAUUAAACAAGUUAAUAAUUAAAUAAAAAUGUUUACCAGCAGAAUAUUUAGUUUGUCUGCAGAUUGAGUCCAGCUGAUCCCAGCAUGAUGCUGCCACCGUUAGGAAACCUGAAAUCUGUGUUUCAUAACCAGCCUCUGUUUUUUCCUGUCAGGUGUUUCGAUCUGCACAUCGUCAGCAUCAAUGCUUCUGGUGGAUUUUCAUGAUUUAGUUCAACCAGAAUCUAGUAAUCAUACAGCUGUAAUUAGAAAAACAAAUAUUAGAAAGAUUUGAAAUUACUGCUAAUUUCUUCUUUGAAUCAAACGUUAAAUUGCAUCUUAAUUGUUCCAGAAACUCGGUGAUCCUUCACCAUCCAUCCUGCAGCAGUUUGGACGACAGCUGGGCGUUAGCGAUAGCUUUCUCUUUUAAAUUCUCUCCACUUCAUGCAAAACUUUACAUGUUAGGAGAAAAACAGUAAAUUCAAACUUGUGAGCCAAAUUUUAAGCGGUGAGCACCGCUAGCUAAAAAGCUAGCUGUGCUAGCCCUAAAGCACUAAUCAUAAACAUUAUAUUUGCUAAUGCUAAGGUAUUAUACCAACAUAGUUUAGUGGAAGCUAAUGCUAAAGCACGAAUUCCUAUCAUGUUGAUACAGCAUGGCACAAAGUCCUCAACAGUCAGCUGACCUUUCACCCACAGCUUCAGCUUCAUAGCUGAUGAGUUUUGCAUGAAGGACAUCAGUAGAUUAUUAAGUGCUUACUGUAGAACAGCAAUGCAUUCUGGGUACAGAGUACAUGUCUCACUACUUGAAGAAUUCAUAAGACAAUAACCAAAACUUCAACACAGAUUAUCAAAUUCAUUCAACUGAAAACAGCCGAGUAAAUUAGUGCUUUAGAGUUUAUCUGGUUGAAUUAUCUCGGGGGAAGCUAAGUGUGCUAAACAUUUUCAAAGUUAGCAAAGAAGCUAAAGUGCUAAACAAAACCUGUUUGAUGUCUCAUUGUUUCAUGUGAAGUCAGAGCUCUAAAAAGUCUUUCAAAUAUUUAUCCCAACAUUUCAUCAUAGGUUAUGUUUGUUAACCGUCGAACGUGUUUUCUUUGUUUUUAACGGCGUCACACAGACUUUAAAGGUUUUCUCUCUUUCUGCUGCUCAAAGGUGCGGCUCAGUUCCAGGAACUAGUCCCAGCCAUCCUGACUAAACCUUCUAUUAAAAUGUUUCUUUAAUGAAUGAAAAUCCAAUUAUUAAACAAACAGGAAGCUGCAGAUUGUGGAGACGUUGGGUCCAGAAGCCGUUCACAACAUGGUCGUUUUCUUCACUUAUUCAGCUUGUUCUAACUUUAGUUUGGUUUUUUAAAUAUACGUUAUUCUAAUCUGCCCGUUAUCGGCUCCAAAUCCCCAGUUUAUGUCUGUUUUUUAGAUUUGAGGGUGAAAAGGUCAUCCUGUACGCGGAUGACUAACUGCUGUUUCUGUGUCUUGUUCUCAGGUAUAGCCUUGAGUUUUCAGACCACCAGCAGAGGAGCUUUCACGCUGGAGGGCCUGAAAUGUUUCAGUCCUGGACAGAACAGCCAGAGGAUCUA